AUGGCACGCACCAAGCAGACAGCGCGGAAGUCGACAGGAGGCAAGGCUCCACGGAAGCAGCUAGCUAUGAAUGUGGCUUGCAAGACUGCACCGGUUACUGGCGUAGUGAAGAAGAAGCAGCACCGCUACCGCCCAGGCACCGUGGCGCUUCGUGAGAUCCGCCGCUACCAGAAGACCACCGAGUUGCUGAUUCGCAGGGCGCCGUUCCAGCACUUGGUGCUUGAGAUAGCCCAGGGUUUCAAGACUGACCUGCGCUUCCAGAGCUCUGCGCUGAUGGCGCUGCAGGAGGCCUGCGAGGCCUACCUUGUGGCGCUGUUCGAAGACACCAACCUGUGUGCCAUCCACGCCAAGCGGGUGACCAUCAUGCCGAAAGACAUCCACCUGGCUCGUCGCAUUCGCGGAGAGCACUCUUAA